AUGGAUCAAUAUCCGACGGAGGAGGAAGAGUUCGAGCUUGUGUACGGAGAUGACCUGGAAGCAAUGGAGGAAGCGGAUGCUGAUCCACCACCGAGGAUGCGUAAUGGUCCUUCUGUGCCAAGUACGCCCUCCAAUAGCAACGCCAGCGUUCGUCCAAUCGCUACAAGUUCUUGCUCCAACUAUCAAACCCCGGGUCAGUUGCCAACUAUCGACGAAAGUCCGCUAGCAAGUCCAGCAUUGUCCAUUAUCACUCGUGGCAGUAGUACUGCUCAUAAACGACUGUUCGAUACACCUGGUCCGUCGUCCCGUGCAGCGGGUAACGGCGCUGGCAAAUAUGGCCUUGCUGCAUCAACACCCUUUCCUGGAUCAACUACCAAUGCAAAUGCACUUCAAACAUUGCAACAAAUGGACGCAAAUCCACGCAAACGUCGGCUGGAAGCUCUGUUUGGCGACAUUCAUGAUAUCGAAGAGGAACCGUACGAGCAGUACAUCUAUUCUUCGCAAAAGAAGACGAAAACCGAAGAAGAGCAGGAUAUGGAGCUGAUUGAACGAAUAUUAGAAGCACGAAAGCGGUACAAUGCUGUUGCAAAUCCAUCCAAACCGUCACUACUAUCGCGGGCCGAAGCGUUACAUCGAUUUAAAAUGGACAAUAUUUCACUCGAACCACCGAAAUGGCCAUCAAUGACGGUAAAGAGGGAUGACAAAACGUGCGUGUACGUUCGGUUUCAUUCGGAAGAUUUUGAAAAGAAUGAAAUUGAUGAGAUCAAUUGCGUUAGGGGCGGUUACAAUGGUUUGCUGGGAGCUGAUAAAGAACGGAUAUGGCAAGAGGCAAAUGAGAUAGUCGCCAAGCGUUUAACGGAACCGGUCAAUGCCAUUACAUCGCAAGCACCUGCGAUGGAAGAAAUUAUUAUACCAAGCGAAAGCAAUGUGCUUUGGGUAGAAAAAUAUCGUCCCAGGCGCUAUCUUGAUCUGCUUUCCGAUGAAACUACGAACCGAAAUCUCCUCCAGUGGCUUAAACUGUGGGAUAAAGUGGUAUUUGGUCGGGAGCCGGUAAAAAAAGCAAAAGAUCCCAAAACACAGCUUAGCAGUUUCAACAAGAAAACGGGCCGUUUCGAAUCGAACGGUGGAUGGGUGAAAGGGGCCCGUAAAGUUCGCUCAACGCUUAACACGGAUUUGGAUGAACAUGGCUGUCCGGUACAGAAAAUUGCCUUACUUUGUGGACCUCCCGGUUUGGGGAAAACAACUCUCGCACACACGAUUGCUCGUCAUGCGGGUUAUACCAUCAGGGAGGUAAAUGCGUCUGAUGAUCGUAGCCCGGAUGCGUUCCGAUUGGUACUAGAGAACGGCACGCAGAUGAAAUCGGUACUGAACGAAGAAAACAGACCUAACUGUAUUGUGCUGGAUGAAAUCGACGGCGCACCAGUGGCAGCAAUUGAGUUUCUGCUUCGAUUCAUCGCCGGUAAUAAUGGGACAACGAAGGCCAGUGGUCCUAAGAAGCCAAACAAAGCGGGCCGCGAUAAGGCUGUACUGAAGCGACCAAUCAUCUGCAUUUGCAACGAUAUGUAUGCACCAGCACUACGACAGCUGCGCCAGGCAGCAUAUGUGGUCAACUUUCCACCAACAGAAUGUGCUCGACUUGCUGACCGGUUACUCGUGAUCGCGAAAAAGGAACAUAUCACAACGGAUCUUACGUCGAUGCUAGCCCUGGCGGAAAAGACGGGAAAUGAUGUGCGGGCGUGCCUUUCGAUGUUGCAAUUCUUUGCUUGUGCGAAGAAACCGAUCCGGCUCACGGACGUGCUCAAGUGUAACGUUGGCCAGAAGGAUCGUCAUAAAGGACUGUUCAGCAUAUGGUCAUCAAUAUUUCAGAUAACACGCCCGAAGAAAACGAUAACUGUGGACCUUAAUGCAACUGUUACGGAAAUGGUUACGCUAACCGAUAUGUCAGCCUCGACACGAAUGUCCACCGUGCUCCAGGUGGUAACCAUGGCCGGUGACUAUGAGCGCCUAAUGCAGGGUGUGUAUGAAAACUAUUUGCACCAGAAACAGCCCGAUGGGGACAUGUGCGGUGUGGCAGAAGCAACAGAAUGGUUUAGCUUCAACGAUCGGAUACAGCGUACGCUAAAUCAGCUGCAGAACUACGCUAUCUAUCCGUAUCUGGCCUAUGCGUUCGUUAUGUGGCACUAUCUGUUUGCAACGCUGUCCUGGCCAAAAAUCAAUUUUCCCACCAAAGGCUACGAGCACUCGCAAAAACUAGCCAGCACGAAGCUUAUACUAACCGGACUACGGAAAGGACUAUCCGCUCACUUGAAAGGAAUCGGCGAAGGUGCAACAGUUCUAAUCGAUACGAUACCGAUGCUGAAGCGUGUCAUCAAUCCGUCACUGCGUUCCGUUUCUCUGCAGCUUUUGUCGCAAAAAGAAAAGGCCGAUCUGACGCACACGGUGGAAGUGAUGGCAGAUUUUGGGUUGAACUACAUCCAACUCAAGACGCCCGAAGGAACGUACCAGUAUCAGCUGAAUCCGGACCUUGAUCAGUUGUGCAGGUUCGGCGGAACUCCCGGUCAAAGCUCCACCUAUUUUGGCAAGCAGAUUGUUGCACGUGAAGUUGAGCUGGAGCAAAUGCGCCGAGCACAACCGAAACUGUUGGAAAACGGAAGGAACGGACGUACUGGCACAAGCUCCUUCGGCACGAAAGCCAGCACCGGCAAAGUUGCGUCAAAUGGUGGGCACAAAGAGAAUACUGUACCAGCGACAAGGAAAGGCCAAGCAGCCUCAAAGUCGGCGCCCGAGCUACCAAAUCAUCUGCGCACACUGAAGCCGAAGCAAAUUGUGCAGAAAACGAAGCAGGUGGUUUCGAAGGACUUUUUCGGUCGCCUCUGCACGAAGGAAACGGUACUAUCGGUGAAGGAGGGUGGAACUGACGCAAUUGUAAAAAGCCCAAUUUGGUACAGGUACAAAGAAGGAUACAACAACGCAGUACGUAAAGAUGUUACAUUACAAGACUUAAUGUGA